AAUUCUUCACUGUCAUUCUCCAGUUGAUCCAGUGAAAUGUCCGAUAGUGAUAUUUACUAUUCCGCGAAUGAUUUGAUGGAAUUAGAUGAGGAAACUGAUAAUGAGUGCAAAAGUCAACCUCUCGAACCCAAUAAUGACAAUAACACAAAAGCAAAAGGCACCGUAUUCUUAUACUUUUGCGCAGUGACAGUCAAUUUGAUGAUGCUGGUCUUCGGCACCGGAGUCGUCUGGACAUCCCCUAUGAUCCCGAAACUCAAAUCCAACGACACCGAAAUCAACCCCUUGGGACAGCCAGUCACCACCGUUCAAAUUUCCAUGAUAGCCGGUAUACCUCUGAUAGCGCAAACAAUGUCGACCCUCAUAUUCCCGAAACUUCCCGACAUCUUGGGAAGAAAGCGAACGCUGCUGUGUCUAGCCGUCCUAAUGGUACUAGCCAACGUGUUGCUAGCCUUCGCUAGACAUCUCUAUAUCUUCUAUCUAGCCAGGUCCAUCUUCAAUUGCUGUUACGGGAUAGGUAUAGUGACAGCGCCUAUAUUCUUGAAUGAGAUAUCCGAGAAGCACAACAACGGAAGGAUAGGGUGUCUCAUGAUGGUGUUUUUGCCUUUGGGAAACCUCUACGCUUACCUCAUUGGUCCAGUUACUAGCGUGAAGGUUUUCAAUCUGCUGUGUGCUCUACCUCUGAUACCACACAUCAUCUGCUUGUGGUUAUUCGUACCCGAAUCGCCAGUUUUCUUAGCUUCAAAAGAGCGCAGAACAGAAGCUCUAGCAGUAUUGAGACGAUUAAGGAGCAACAGGAGCUCAAGCGAAAUACUAGAAGAGUACCAGCUGAUAGAAGAAGCUUUGAGGGAGAGGAAACAGUUCAAGAAGAGAGGAGUGAAGGAUCUGUUCAAGAAACGCUUGCUGAGGAAAGCUUGCGUUAUCACUCUGGGUACUUGCGUGGCUCCACACUUAUCCGGAGUACUGGUCAUCAUGGGCUUUCUGGGUCCGGUGUUCACCCAAGCGGGCACUCAGCUGUCUGGGGAUUCCGUAGCUGUGCUAGUGGCUUCCGUUAAAAUCGUGACUUUCUUCAUAGCUUCAGCUACAGUGGAGACUGUAGGUAGGAGACCUCUGCUCCUGUUUUCUGCGGGGUUCACGGGGAUUCCCUUAUCCCUGCUUGGUUUUUACUUCUACUGGAAGGAGACUGACUCGUCGAUGGUACAGUAUGUGACGUGGUUGCCGAUCCCUUGCGUCAUCGUUUACGUGUUCACUUAUUCGCUGGGUUUGGGACCGAUUCCGAACGCUGUGAUGGGCGAGUUGCUGCCUAAUGACGUCAAAGCUACGGCCCUGUCUUUGAUCACGACUGUGGUAGGAUCUGUGAUUUUUGUAUCGACGUUCGCGUUUCCUUUAGUGUCCGAGAGUCUCGGCGUUCAUUUUUGCAUCUGGAUAUUUAGCGGGUUCUGUUUUUUGGAUGCGGUGUUUUUUUACUAUAUGGUGCCCGAGACCAAAGGGAAAAAUUACCAGGAGAUUGUGCAAAUUUUGAAUAGGUCUCGGAAUAAGCGAAGUGAGGAAUGCGAAUUAUGUUGAUAAGUUAAGUUAAGUAGUUAAGAUAUAGUUCAAUCAACGAACGCCAAAGAGGGUUGAAUAAAGGAAAAAAAUCGUGUAGUCGCAAAUUUUUGUACAGUGGUAGGGAAAAGUGUCAUGAAUUAAAUACUAAAGGUCCUGACGGUAGGGGAGCGUUUGUAGGUAAGUUGAUCGAUCCAUCUUCCCUGUGAUUAUCACAUCCCUUGUAUCUCAAAAACUAUUCAUUGUAGGCGAAAAAUGAAUAGGAACUUUUUUAUUGUAAAUUUCAUGCUAUUUAAUUUUGUAAACCUGUUUUUUUCGCUAGAGGCAGCGAUUUUCAAAUUAUUCGAGAACACCUUGAAAAAAUUACCUUCAAACGUACCCCUACCGCCCCUGUCAUCCCCUAAGGAUCAAAUUUUUUAGUAUGUUGUUCAUCGCACUGUGCCUUACCACUAUACAGAAAUUUUCGAAAACACGAUUUUUUUUUCUAUUUUUUUGUUCAUUUACUGAACUAAUAUUAAGCAAUGGAAUUGUACGUAUGUAUUUAUUUAUGUUCUAUCGAUUUGUAAAUCCUCUAGAAUUAUUGAAGUAGGAUUCCGGGAUGGGUAGGAGCAAGAGACAUGCGUCAAAUUCAUUCAAUGGCCAUUCUUCUUCAUUGUUAUACAAUUCUCGUCAGUAGCAAUGGCAUCACCUAUAUUUUUGUUUCACUAUGAGAAGUAAGACAGAAUCAGCUUUCGCGAAAAUUAAAUCCGGAGUGAUUAUCUAUCUUGCCCCCUAAUAUCGUUUUCCAGAGCUGUCGGAUGAUUCCAUGACUGCUGGCGAGCAGUGUACCUCCCUGUAGCAUUGAAUGUGUCUUUGGUAUUUCGCUGUUGCGAAUUUAAGAAUUUUAUACCUCAAGAAUUAUAGAAUGUUGAAAGAUAUAUGUAACACACUGUCAGUCUGCCUAUAUCAGAAAAUAAGAAAUUGUUUUGUCUAUGGUAUCAUUGCUACGUCGAUGUUUCUUGAAUGUUAUUAUUGUUAUUAUCUGUGUUCAAUAAAUUUGAUUAUUUAUUUUUU